AUGGAGACGAGAAUAGUCCGAGUUGCUCCCGGCAAGGGGCAGCUCCUUGGACGGUUUGACUCAUCAGACGGCGCUUCAAAGCUCGAAGAAUGGCACAUCUCACCGGAUGCCGGAGAAGCCAUCGCGGUUCUUAAAGAUACGGCCAAGUAUCUCCGAACCAGCGAUACACCUGUAGCUUUCCCUACGGAGACGGUUUAUGGCCUCGGUGCGGAUGCGACUCGAAGCGGCUCUGUGAAGGGCAUCUAUUCGGCCAAGGGCAGACCUUCAGACAACCCCCUCAUCAUCCACAUUUCAGACUUACACAUGCUGCGCGAGCUUUUGGGGAAGAAGAGAGACGACCAAGAUGCGAUACCAAGCAAGUAUAAAGUGCUGAUAGAGCGCUUCUGGCCCGGCCCUCUGACGAUAUUGCUGCCUAACCCGCAGCCUUCGAAGCUGGCCCCCGAGGUUACCGCAGGGCUCGAGACAUUUGGCGCGAGGAUGCCGUCCUCGCCUUUGGCUUUGAGCCUCAUCAAACUUGCCGGAGUGCCCUUGGCUGCUCCAUCUGCAAACGCCUCUACCAAGCCAUCACCCACAGCCGCACAGCACGUCAAGGAUGACCUGGAUGGACGGAUUGAGAUUAUCCUCGAUGGGGGCCCCUGCCAAGUUGGUGUUGAGAGCACCGUCGUGGAUGGUCUCUGCGAGCCCCCCGUGGUGCUUCGGCCAGGAGGCAUUAGCAUGGAAGAGCUUCGAAGCUGCCCCGGCUGGGAGAACGUCGUCAAGGCCUACAAGGAUCACAGCGAGGAGGGAAAAUCAGCGCCGAGAGCUCCAGGGAUGAAAUACAAGCAUUACAGCCCCAAGGCGAGAGUGGUGCUCUACGAGUCUACGUAUAAGGCUGGCGAUGAGGGCGUUUUGCCAUCAGACUUUGAGGUUGUCAGCGCCACAGAGAAUGGUAGUACGGAAAAGACAAACGGCCAUACGGCAAAGAGAAUAGGCGUCAUUCGGACACAGCGAUGGAAAUCGGGAGCUGGUCUCCAAUGUGGUCCUUUACAGCCUGCCCCCAUCAACCAGGAUGCCCAUGAUGAGGAAUAUCUCAACCCUGCGUAUUCAGUAUAUAAGGGGGAUCUCAAGAAUAACCAGGGCCAGGUCAUCGGCGAGCUAUUUGAUAUAGACCUUGGACAGGACGCUAAGAGAAUAGCUCAGGGGCUAUUCUCAGCUUUGCGGGAAUUGGAUCGUCGGAGUAUAGACACAAUCUUCGUCGAUGGGAUAGAAAAUGAGUUGGACAUUGCCGCUGCUGUUAUGAAUCGCCUUCGUAAGGCAGCAUCAGAGAUACGGUCAUGA